AUGGAUAAGGGUGAACUCUAUGGGUGUAGAAGUAAGGCAGUGAUUAAACCUGAGUUUAAAAGUUUUAUAUACAAACCGAGCAUUCAAAAGGUAAAUGUAAUAGGAGCUAACGCACAUAUUUGCAACUUUCAUGGCUGGAAAGGAGGAAGAAAUUCUCAAAAAUGCCCAGAAUGUGUAGAAAUUGAGAAAAAAAUAACGGAAAAGCUAUCUCAUACUAAGUUCAAAAAUGUUGCUGGAAUAGAUUAUAUUGAAGGUACAAAUACUAUCGAUGGAAUGAGAAUUUGGUUAAGGUGUAAUAUGGGCCAUAAGCUCAUAUAUGCUAUGAAAGAUAUAUCAAGAGGAUGCAGGGUUUGCUCUUCUGAGAAAUACCUGUCACCUAAAUAUAGAAAUAAUGCAAUUAAAUUGGACAUAAAAAAAGAGGAAGAAUAUCGUAGAAAGCAAGGAGAACUAAUUGCAGAAGCUAAACAGCUAUUUGAAAUGAAAUCCUACAAUAAUAAUGGACGUCAGAACAUUGAUUUAGAGGUCCGGGAGUGUAUUGAAAACCAUCCAAAUAUCUCUUAUGAAACUGCAUAUGCAUUGACUUAUAUUCUAAAGUUUGGAUAUGAACCAUAUAAACUAUUUCAAAUACCAAAUAAAAUAACAUCAGAAAAUAAAAUAUCAGUUCUAAAAAGAAUUAAUAGUUAUUUCCGUACACAGGCAAGAUUGAUUCACCCAGACAAGAUUGAUCAUCCAAGAUCUGCAGAUGCAUUUCAUAUUCUUUCGAAUGCAUAUAACCAAAUUAAAAAUCACCUAGAAAAUAAGGUAUAA